AGAAACAACCAAACAACAAGGAGAAGACAAGAUUUUUUUUUUUGGAUAAUUAUCUCUUCAAACAUUCAACAACUACCAACAACUACAACAUCAACAACAACAAAAAGAGAACAUCAAGAAACUACAAGGAUGCGGCUAUAGAAGAAACAGUGUAUCAUUAUCUAAGAAGACCCGAGCCACAGACAAACACAAACAUGUCAUCACAGCAAGUGUUUUCGGCUCAUCCAGCGCUGGCCGUUGAGCAAUUACAGCGUGCCGAACAAUUGGAGGCUUCCUCUGGCAAAUCUCAUCAAAAUCCACAAUGCACUAGCAACAACAACAACACCAGCAGCAGCAGCAGUAGUAGGCGACCCUAUGCCAAAACUAUGCCCAAAAAGUAUGCCAUUAGCAGAACUUGUGCGGCAGCCCAAACACACAAUAUUAUGGCCAAUAAGACGCAACCGGUGCGAACCAAGAGUUAUGCAGCCGUCGAUGAUGAUGAUGACAUUGAGGGCGAGGACAUUGAUGAGGUUAAUUUUGCAACUGCAACGACAACAACAGCAACAGGAGCAACAGGAGCAACAGCAACACCAGCCACAACAAGAUUAGCAACAGAUAAAACCAAAGACUGUGUGGGUCAAAGCUUUGAUGAGGUCGAUCAUGUCCAGUUGCGUCACAAGCGACACCAAAGCACGACACGUUUGACACAUAAACUGGAAGGCGGAGGAGCAGAAGAUGUUGGUGGCGGCGGCGGUGGUGGUGCUGGUGGUGGUGGGGAUGUUAGCGAUGACAGCAGUGUAUUAAGCUCACCGUCGGUUAGCAACAUGUCCACGCCAUUAUCCACGCCCACUAGAUUGCCGCCCAUGCAGCAAUUGCAACAUUGCUGUCAAAAAUCAACAGUAGCAUCAAAAACAUUAGCCAGCUCCGAAUCCAGGGCGAGACAACAUCAUCCGCAUCAUCAUUCUCAUCAACAUCAACAUCACCAGCAUCAUAAUCAUCAUCAUCAUGCGAAUACGCCGUGUGGAGGUGGCGGUGGUGGUGCCAACGGUGCUGGAGGAGCUGCUCCUGGAGCCUGUAAAGCCAACAAGAAACUAGAUCCGCGUCCCAGCCCUUCGCCCUAUCGCCAGCUAUUGCCCAUAGUCCUGUGUCUGCUGUCAUUUGCCGCAGUUUUUGCCACUUUAAUUGUUUACAUGGAUACGACAGAAAUCCGCCAUCAACAGUUUCGUUUGAACAUGUCGCGCGACUAUGAACUGAAUAGCGUUGCGCAAGAUGAUCCCGCACUCAUAGCAUUCCUGCGCCAGAUACAUAUGCGCAACUAUCUGGGCAAAACGGCGGCACAAAAGACAACGCCAUCAUCAUCAUCAUCAGUAAGAGCCGAUUCCAGUAGUGGUGGGCCCGCCGGCACGGGCUCGCUUAAAUUUGGCGGAGCGGCAACAGCAAAUAGCAGCAGUAGCAGCGGCAAUGCAGCCGAUCAAUUGGCUCACUAUGUGGCUGAUCUGGUGGGUGGAAAAUUCAAUGGCGCCGUCAUCCAGUCUCUAAGUGGACCAUUGGCCAAACUGAUAACAGCUCCAUGGUUGAGUGAGCAUCUCGAUUGGAUGGGUGUUCUCGUGGAGCCGGAACCGCGUUGGUAUUUCACUUUGCGUAAGCAAAAUGCUCAACGAGCACGCAUGCAGGUAGUGCAUGCCUGUGUAUCACCCAAUACGUAUCCCAAAGAGAUUCCCAUACACAAUGAGGAUGUGAGGAUUAACAGUCUGCACGAUGAGGCGAUUUCAUGGUUCAAUUCGCGUGUGAAAUGCUUUCCGCUCUAUACAAUCAUGCUGGCAUGUGAGCGCACCGAAUAUGAUUUACUCAGUCUGGGUGUGCAGGGCCAUGAGCUGGAGAUACUGCAAACUUUGCCCUUCGAUAAAGUGCAAAUCGAUAUCAUAUCGAUACACUUGCUGGAGGAUCAUGAGGAUGUGCGUGAUUAUGUGCAGAGCAUAACAAAGUUCCUAGCCGGCAAAUCGUAUAAAAUGCAACGAACAAUCGGACGAAAUUAUUUCUAUCAGCGCCUGAACUCAAACACAAGUCGGACAAGAAAGAAAGAUAUAUUGCUAUUGAAGACUCCCUAAACUCCUACAACGAAUGCGAUCGAACGUAUCGGCUCGAAGAGAGAGAAA